AUGCGGGUGCGGCGGCACAAGGAAGAGGCUUGGGAGCCGCUGAUGUUCGCCUUCCGCGACGCCUGCGUGACCGAAGGUUUCCCGGAUGGGCAGGACAUGAACAACCCCGACUCCACUGGCGUCGCCCCCCUUCCGAUGAACAACGUGGCCGGCGUACGCCUCAGCACCGCGUUGUCCUACAUCAACCCGGUGCGCCACCGGCUGAACCUGACCAUCCGUCCCAAUGCGCUGACCACCCGGAUACUGUUCGACGGUAAGCGCGCCACCGGUGUCGAGGUGGAGAGCGGCGGAGAGCCCUUCGUGGUGGAAGGGGAGCUUAUCGUCCUGUCUACCGGCUCCAUAGCCUCACCUCACCUCUUGAUGGUAUCGGGAGUGGGCCCGCGGGACCAUUUAGCUGGCGUGGGAGUCCCGGUAGUCCACGACUUGCCGGGCGUGGGACAGAACUUCCGAGACCAUCCCCAAGCCCCGGUGACUUUCAGUGCCCAGGAGGGCUUCCCCAUGAAUUUCGAUGCGCCAAGGACCCAGUUGGGCUUGCGUUACACCGCCACGGGGUCCGACCUGCGCAACGACAUGGUGGUAUUCCCGACCACCUUUUCCACACGAUGGGAGACCUGA